GCAUCUUUAGUACAAAGCCUCGUCUCUCUCUCUCUCUCUCUCUCUCUCUCUCUCUCUCAAGCUGGUCAUCCAUCUAGACAGCUUCGCGGGCGACUCUCGCCGACAAACUACGCCGGAUAAACUGUCCGGUGUACUUCAGGAGAGCUUUCAGGUUCGUCGAAAGAAAGAUAACGAGCAACGUGGUCGUCUUGACUGAGGUUUGAUAGUCUGGCAAAGAAAGGUAAAGGGCGGCGGGAGCUGUCUCCGCGUGCGCAUGUCGAAACGACGUGGUUUUAGUGUACGAGGGAGGCCAAAAGGCGCCACAUCUGGAUGGUGUGAGUGAUCGGAGGUGGUGGAUGGGGAGGUUAAUGGUGUUGGGGUUGGCGGUGACGGUGGCGGUGGCGGCGUGCGCGGUUGCGUCGGUGGCGGUGGGGAGAAGAGUGAGGAGCAGGAGGAAGUGGAGGAGAGUGUUGGGGGUGCUGGCGGAGCUGGAGGAAAGAUGCGCGACCCCGGUUGGGAAGCUUAAGCAGGUGGUGGACGCCAUGGCCGUGGAGAUGCACGCUGGCCUAGCCUCCGAGGGUGGCUCCAAGCUCAAAAUGUUGCUCACCUUCGUCGAUCGUCUCCCCAAUGGGAGUGAGAAAGGAACUUAUUAUGCACUAGAUGUUGGGGGUACUAAUUUUAGGGUCUUGCGGGUUCAGCUAGGAGGUCAAAGGUCCUCAAUCCUGGAACCACAUGUGGAACAACAAGCCAUUCCCCCACAUCUGAUGACCAGCACUAGUGAGAACCUCUUUGAUUUAAUUGCUUCAGCAAUAAAGGAGUUUGUUGAUAGAGGAGAAGAUGGUUCCAAAACUCUAGUUAGCGGAAGAGGGAAACUUGGAUUUACAUUCCCUUUUCCAGUGAAGCAAAGAUCUGUUUCAUCGGGCAUUCUGAUUAAAUGGACAAAAGGGUUUCACAUUGAAGACAUGGUUCCAAGGGAGUUGACAGAAUGCUUAGAACAAGCAAUGAGCCGAAAAGGACUGAAUAUGCAGGUAGCAGUACUGGUCAAUGAUACUGUGGGAACAUUAGCACUUGGACAUUAUCACGAUGAAGACACUGUUGCUGCAGUGAUAUUUGGUACAGGUACAAAUGCCUGCUACUGGGAGCGGACAGAUGCUAUCAUCAAGUGUCAAGGGCUUCUCACAACUUCUGGAGGCAUGGUCAUCAAUAUGGAAUGGGGAAAUUUCUGGUCAUCUCAUUUGCCGAGAACUUCUUAUGACACCGACUUAGAUUCCCAUAGCUCUAGUCCAAAUGACCAGGGUUUUGAGAAAAUGAUAUCAGGAAUGUAUCUUGGUGAGGUUGUGAGGAGAGUGCUUCUAAGAAUGUCACAAGAGUCAGAUAUAUUUGGAACUGUUCCUUCCAGAUUAUCAUUGCCAUUUAUUUUUAGGACGCCUAUGAUUUCUGCCAUGCAUGAAGAUGACUCCCCUGGAUUGAUAGAAGUAGCAAGAAUCUUGAAAGAUGUUCUGGAGAUUCCUGAUGUCCCUUUAAAGGUUAGAAAGCUCAUUGUAAAGUUAUGCAAUGUGGUGACCCGGAGAGCUGCUAGAUUGGCAGCUGCUGGUAUCGGGGGAAUCUUGAAAAAGAUAGGCCGGGAUGGAAGUGGCAGCAUCACAGGUGGAAGGACUAGAACUGAUGUUAAAAUGAGAAGAACAGUGGUUGCUGUUGAAGGGAGUUUGUAUACAAGCUAUACGAUGUUUAGGGAAUACUUGCAUGAAGCUUUGUGGGAAAUAUUGGGGGAAGACAUUGCUCCACAUGUCAUUCUUAAGGUAAUCGAAGAUGGACCAGGCAUUGGAGCAGCUCUCCUUGCCGCCACAUAUUCAAAGGACAGUGUGUGUGGAUAGCGUACAGUUGGUAUGAAUAUAUGUUCAAUUACAUACAAAUAGCCCCUGUAAAAUGUAGAGUUAUUUUUCCAUAUCUUCUUGUAUAAAGGAAGGAAUUUCCACAUAUAAUUUUUGUUUUUUCUGAAAUUUCCAUCCAUCCAUUGAUAGAUCGAUGUUGGCAAUGUGAAAAUGAUGUUCUUUAUAAAACUUUCCUC